AAGAAACACGGUCAAUUUCAGUACUAGGGCGACGAUGAUGCCACACAGUCUCUCCCUAGAAUGUGGAAAUGGCUGUCUCCCUUUCCGUCUGUCUCUUCGCAACGAACUCCAUUCCUUCCCCAGGUGGAACUGGAAGAUGUAAAUACACCGGUCAGUCUGUGAGAGCACUUCCAAUACGAGUAUUCACUGUGGGCAAGAAGAGAUCGCCCGCGGUGCAGCUGUUAGUGGACGAGUACACGUCCAAGCUCCGACACUAUUGCGCUAUCGAGGAUGUCCAAGUUCGCUGCAACCCUAGAAAUGCACGUGAGAAGCAGGCUCAAAUUGUCGAUGAAGAUAUGGCAGUUAUGAAUCUUAUUAGACCUGAUGAUUGGGUUGUGCUGUUGGAUGAGCAAGGGAUAGACAUUGAGUCAGAGGAGAUGGCUGAGUUGAUCGGUGGUGCUGCAGAUAAGGGAGCUUCAAAGCUAUCAUUUUGCAUCGGUGGACCUUAUGGUCAUGGACCAAAAUCGAGAGAACGCGCCAACAUAUCAAUCAAGUUAUCUUCCCUGGUCUUGAAUCACCAAAUUGCACUUGUUGUGCUGAUGGAACAACUCUACAGGUUAUUUGCAAGAACUACCAUAGCAAAGUCAUGUUUCCAUAUGCUAUUGGACCUUAGGACUAACCUUCUCUAUUAAUAUUCAAAUCAAUGUCUGUCAUGGGUACCUUUCUGAAUUUUAUUGACAAAAGAAUAUUCACCAAGCUUGUAGCACCAAAACCAAACUGUAUUUAAAGAUUAACAUAAAGUGAGUUGGCAUUAGACAAAGCAGCUAUUCGGCUACUGCACAUUACUUAAUUACUCUUCCAAUAAUGGGUAGUGGUGAAACUUGCAUCACAAAUGUCCCCAGAUAAAUGCACCUAAUUAACCUGCCGUUUGACCCGAGGGAUGAUAAAAUUCGGGCCGAGGUGUAUUUUUACUGUCUCUUUUUCGUAGUGUUUGUGCUGUAACUAUCAACUUUUACAUAUGGAGCUACCGUACGCCUUUACUUGUUUCUCAUGGAUCAGAAGAAUUCUGACAGUAUUGUUACUUUCAGUUUAGCAAUAGUAGGAUAGUUCAAGAGUUCUUAAUGCCUAUUGCCCCUAACAGUUGGUGGAGUCCUGGUUUUUGGGUAAAUGACACCUGCGAUCUACACACUCAUAAUGUGACCAUAAAGGCAAGCCGUCAUCUGAAUGUUGAUCAUGAUCCGACCAGUUGGUUGCUCACGGUAAAGAGUUACUUCUUUCUCCUUUCGU